AACAUUAACACCAACACAGGUUCAUUUUUGUCCCAGAUGCGGACUGUGUGGAACAUAACGGAAGGAAAAUGAAAACGGAGCUAUGAUUGGCACAGGCACAACUACCAGCAACAAGGAUACAAGUUUUUAACAGGUCGUUGGGUGCGAUUCUGUAACUUUUCCUAUUGUGCAAAUUUCCUUUCUAGUGGAGGUUUCAGAUAAAUUCGGUUAAUUUUGCGAUACUUGGAGUACAUCGUCUAUGAGUGAAGACCAGCGCGACACUUCCCAUCCGUCAAUCCGCAGCUCGGAACGGAACUGAAAGCUGAAAACCCCACUUGAACUUUAGAACAUUACCGGAAUCUGUUGGGUUACGCGAAGCGUACUCCAACAGUGCGGAGACCAGUGCAGUAUUUACUGAGAGUGAUCCUUACUGGUGAAAGUUUGAAAACAAAACAAAAAAGUGGUGCUUUAAAUUCAGUUAGCUAAAAGAAAAGAAGCGACGAAUCCCACUGUCACAGGUGGCGAUCGUACUUACAGUGCGUGGCGUAGUGAGUGAGUAAAAAAAUCAAUCCAAGUGCAAAAGUACUGCCAAGAAGAAUCUGGACCGUGUUGAUCCGGCCAGUUGUGCUCCCGUCAGUGUAAUUUGUUAGUGCCAAGUCAGUGUCGGCGUGAGUGCAUUCUCCGGAGAUCCUGUCGAAGUCGAAGUACACUGUCAGCUCAACCGUUGUUGCUCUUUCCCCGACUCUGUUCGGGUGGCCCUGUUGAUUGCAUUUCUGCACGUGUUUGUGUGUUUGUGAAAAACAAAGCAUCGUCUAGGCUUAAAGAAAGAAGAGUAAAAAGAGGAGUGCAAGUAAAUUUCGAUUUAUCCUCCGGCGUCAUCAUGAACGUGAUGAACAAUAGUAGCGGCGACGAGGAGCAGGUCGAAUGCCCACUGUGCAUGGAACCACUGGAGGUGGACGAUCUCAACUUCUACCCGUGUACGUGUGGUUAUCAGAUUUGCCGGUUCUGCUGGCACAGGAUCCGCACCGAUGAGAACGAGCUGUGUCCCGCUUGCCGGAAGGCCUACCCGGAGAAUCCGGCCGACUUCAAGCCCCUGUCGCAGGAGCAGAUUGCGGCGUUCAAGGCUGAGAAGCGGCAACGGGACCAGCAGCGGAAGGCGAAAGUUUCCGAAAAUCGGAAACAUCUGGCCAACGUACGGGUGGUACAAAAGAACCUGGUGUUCGUUGUCGGUUUGCCGCCUAGAUUGGCAGAUCCCGAGACUCUGAAAAAACAUGAAUACUUUGGCAAGUACGGAAAGAUUCAUAAAGUUGUCAUAAAUCCUAGUACAACGUACGCAGGAGGUCCCUCGGCGUCGGCGUACGUAACGUACAUCAACAAUAACGACGCGCUGAAGGCCAUUCAUAGCGUCAACAACAUUAUGCUCGACGGGCGGUUGAUAAAGACCAGUUUAGGUACCACCAAGUACUGCAGUCACUUUAUGAAGAACCAGACGUGCCCGAAACCAGACUGCAUGUACUUGCACGAACUAGGUGAUCAGGAGGCUAGCUUUACGAAGGAGGAAAUGCAUCAAGGGAAGCAUCAAGAGUACGAAAAACGGCUCCACGAUACGAUGCAGGCACAGUUGGGUCUGGCGUCGGUCAACGGUGCAUCGUCGGGUUCGGUGAAUGGCAGCGGCGGUGUUGGUGGCAGCAACAGUGCCGGUGGUGGUGUCGGCAAUGGCAACAGCAAUGGCAAUGGCAACGGUACCGGAACCGGCACCACCACGAACGGUAUUAUCGCAAAUGGUACAAACGGCAAUGGUAAAACAGGUGAUUCUAAACAUAUUAGCGACAUAACCAAUGGACAAAACAAAGAAGCUUGGCCAAGCUUAUCCACUACGCCAAUCGACGGUAGCACUCAUGGCAAUGGAGGCGGCGGUAGCAAUAAGGAGAAUAAGAUUAACGGUAAAACAGUCGGAAGCAACAAGGAGAACCGAAAGCACGAAAAGUCUCGAACGAAAGGUGGUCGCAAGCACCGCGGGGGCCGGGACGGGGACCGUAAUCGGGAUAGGGCUCGGGAUCGUGAUCAUCACGGUAAGGAGCACGGAAACAAAGGCAAUCACGGCAAACGUAAUUCCAGUAGUAGCAGUAGCAGCAACAAUCGGAGCAACAGCAGCAGUAAUCAUAACAAAGAUAGUACAAUUUCGGUGACUACCAGUGUCAAUGGCAUUGCGAACGGUAAUGGCAGGACAAACGUUACCACUGCGGCUGUGAACAAUGCAUUCAGUGCUACCAGUGCUACUAGCCCGACGGUCAUUAGCAACAGCGACGACAGCACUGGCAAGCUAGCCGUCGGUAUCAACGGUCACCUAAAUGGUGCCGAUGAUAGUGGCAAGGAAGUACUGAACAAUAGUAAAAAUCUGAAACCGAUCGUCAACGGUUGCGGCAGCGGAAGCAGUUUAAGUACUGGCGGCAAGUCUGCCACGCAACUGGAUGAUCUGGAUGACGAUGACGAUGAGCUUGACUUUGAGGAUCUAGACAAUGAUGCUCUCUCGUCAGACAACGAUGGUAAAACGGACACGCCUUCGCUGAGCAGCAGUGGUUCCUCCCGGGCAGGUGGCGACAGUGGUAGCACACUGAGCGAAACGGCCAGUGGCAAGAGCUCUCCGACUGCAUUCCCCGAUCCACUGGCUGUUGUGAAUACUGUGAUAUCGACCGGAAGUACGACCACAACCAUCGCCAUCACCACCAGUCAGGUGGUCCCAGAUGAAACCGUUGCCAGUGGUGCCAUCACGACAGCCAAUGCCGCCAUUACCAAUGGUAUUAGUAGCAGUAGUAGCAGCAAUUUCUCCACCUCCUCGUCCGCGUUAGCCUCCGAUGACAAGAGUGGCAGCGACAGUACUGAACCCGUGAUAUCGCCAUCACCGUCCCUGUUUAGUAGUGACAUUGAUGGCACCAACCUAACCACUACGGUCGUCACGACGUCGACGGCCAGCAAACAGCAGCAUCAGCAACAGCAACCACAGAAUGGCAUGAACAAGAUCAACAGUCUAAUAGAUAACGCCACCUCGCGGUUCUCCAAAUUAGGCAUUUUUGAUGACAACUGCAGUUUCUUCUCAUACAGUGCAUUCGAUCGGUUCAAUUUUAACAAGGAUAGCCCGGAUGGUAGCCCAACGACUGGUCUAACAUCCUCCCAGCUGCCGGAUCUCCUCAGCGGUACAAAUGAUUCCAAUGAGCAGCAAACAAAAGAGAUCCUCAAGAAUCUGGGCAACAUUCAGCAGCAGCAGCAGCAACAACAACACCAACAACAGCAUCACUUGCUGAAUAAUGUGCAUUUGCAGCAGCAGCUUAAUGGUCUGGGUAUUGGCAAUGGUGGUGUCGAAAGCCUCGCAGGGCUUGGCACGAACACCACCGACGAUUGGGAUGCCUUUAGCAAGUAUGUGAUGCGCAGCAAACCAGACGUUGAACAGCACGAGGAACUGUUACGGGUGCAGGAACUACAGAAGCGCAACCUCAUCAACAGUGGACUGAACGGGUCGCAAUUUAAUGGCUUUAACGGAGAUUAUGCAGAUUACUUCCACAACACGAACGAACUUAAUAGUAGGUUGCUUAGUCAGCAACAAAAUCAGCAUGCUCAUCAGCGUUUACAGCAUCAUCAGCAGCACACAGACAUGAAUCACAUCUACGCGGGCAACAUGUCAAAGUUUUUCGACUUUCACAAAAACCAACAGCAGCAACAGCAAGCCGCACAACACCAGCAGCAGCAGCAAAAUCAACAAUUUUUACUCAACGGACACACGCCACUCGCGGUACCGGAUCCAAUGAACAUUGCCGGCUUGAUCGAGAACAGCCGGUUAAGCAACCAUUUCCUAGAACAACACACGAAUGGUUUGCUAGGUUCUCAACACGUACAGAAGCAGCGAAUGCUCAAUGGUCAGCUGAAUGCUCACAGUAUCCUGUUGAACGGGGCUAAUCCACAGCAACAGCAACAACCGCAACCAAACACUAGGCUUCACAACCCACAGCAGCAGCAGUAUCCACAGCAAAAUCCCGUCGUAGACGACGACUUAGUUUUCGCUCAUAUAGGAACUCUUUUAGGCUUCGACCCGUUUUUCGAGACCCAAAAGGGACUGGCAGAGCUGAUGAACGACGAGAUCAACCAGCAACAGAUACCGCCGAGUGCUGCCAAUGCAGCCGUAAAUCACAGCAAAUUGUUGGAAAAUGUUCAACGGGCCCGGAUGCCACCACCUGGCUUCAAUCACAUGAAUGCUUUCGGUUUCGGUGUACCGAGAGCUCAAGUUUCAGGCAGCAAAAUUCUACCCUUCAUGAAUCUAGCGAACAAUACACCACCACAACAACAGCAGCAGCAACAACCACAACAGCCCCCCAGCUGGGGUCAACAACUACAGCAGCAGCAACAGCAACAGUUUAUGGGAUUCCAACAGAAUGAUCAAAAUCAUUUAGCACAAUCCCAACUACAAGGAGGGCACAGCAAACCAGGUUAUGGUAACAAUUUCGCCGAUUGGACCUCGUUCGAUCCAGCCAUUGUCUCGUAUCGUCAGUGUUCGUUCAUGAACGGUCCCAACCAACCUGGUGAAAUGUUUCUCACAGCACAGCAGCAGCAACAACAACAGCAGCAGCAACAGAACCAGCUGACUCAGCAAAGCAUGCAACAAGCAGGACAAGGAUUUGGACAUCACGGCAUUAACUUGCAGUCGAAUAUCAUUGGCCAGCAGCAGCAGCAACAACCGCCGAGCAAUCCGCAAGCACAGGUCAACUUCUCGCAUGCCUCCGCCAACUGGCUCAACAGCGAACAGAGCGCCUACAUGAACAGUCUGUCCAACGGAUUCGGGGCGCCCAGUUUCGACAAGUUCAACAUCCCAAUGCCACCGGGUUUCCAGGCAGCAGCAGCAGCGGCGGCGGCAGCAGUGGCCAUCAAGCAGAAAGCCGAAUGUAUCAACUAAGAGACGCGCGUGGCGCGGGCUCCUUUUUCGAUCGCAGCUUAGGAAGGCAGUAUUUUGUUUGUUGAGGACGAGAAACAGAGUUAAAUCAGUCUUUUCUAAAAUCAUUUCCUGUUUUGUACCUUUUUCAUAAUUUCUGUGAUCGUAAGCUUUUGUGGGUUAGCUAUUUAUUUUUUUUUUAAUUAGAAUUGAGAAAGGCCAUUUUGUGCAAAGGAAGAUAGCUAAUAUCCGUUCUAGUAGGAAACUAUAAAAAGACUAUAAGAGAAUAAUACUAUGUUCACACUACAGAGUUGAAACACAUUACAAUAAUUAGCAACAAGAAAAAUAUCAUCAAGAUAGCGUUAAAACACGUUUUAACUCGUAGUGUGAACGUUGUAUAAUAUACAUUUCAAGUUAAAUCCGAUUAUGAAUAGCUCCGACUAAUUUGACUAUCAGCACAUGGUUAUCUGUCCAGUCAGCCGGAUCGUAUUUGAACCGGUUCGAUUGCGACAGAGUCUCAAGACUUCGUUUUCAAUCGUACUAUUUUCUCAGAAUCGAGAAACCAUCGAAAAAGUGAUUCCUGGAUUCGAAUCGACCGGUCUUCCAGUUCAUCCAUCGAUGAAUUCCUAUCCUCUUCACUUGCAUAUUUUUAACAGUUUCUUUCAUCAAUAACAUUCAAUCUUUUGAAUAGUAUUUGAUCGAAAGUACCGAACACACAACUACUCUACAAAAAAGUAUACUUUGUUCUCUUUUCGCUAAAAGGACCGUAAAAAGUUUCUCUACCAUAACUUCGCGAUAUACCAUCUCGUUGGAACCAUGUCGGUAAAAUGUAGUAUUUUUUAGUAUUUUUUCAUAUUUUUCCACUGAUGAAAUAUACAUCACACUUGCUUGUUUUUAUUCCAAACUUUGAAUUGAGCAAGUCUUACUUUUUUAUUCUAUUGAACUAAAAAUGCAUCCAUUAAAAUAUAAACUUACAAUUUUGUCAUUUUUGUAAUUGAAGUAAUGAUCUUUGAACAAGAAUCAGUUGAACUAUUGUUUCCAAAUCGUAGGGACAUUGUAAAACAGGAAGAAAUAAACGUGAAACGUGUAAUAACCCAAAGAACACAACAUACUUUUUUAACGGUCAUAGUCCCAAAUAAAGCCGAAACAGACACAUUGUAAUGGAGUAAUAUGAAAGUUGAAGCGCACGAAUUUAUUUUAAACUCUGUAGGGAGUAUCGCAAUCACUUUACUGGAAAUGUUUGGUCAUAUAAAAAUCAAAACAAAAUCAAAAUAUUCUACUACAUAUAUUUCACACUUCUCACACCAAUGCAUUUUGAUAGAAAUUAACUAAUCGAGGUCUCUCACCAACAAAAGACAGCUUAUCCAGGCAACUAUUCCUAACCUAUUAAAAUACUGACUAACUUUUUUGGCACAAACUCUCUACUCCACAUCAUAACAUAAUUCUGCUGAAAGACUAAAAAAUGCUAUUAUACUUUAUCGAACAAUACGCAAAAAUAUUGAUUGCGAAUAAAACUAGCAAAAUUUAUUCAAUAAAAAAACUGCUUAGAGCAAACCUGAUGUACUAUGCAGGGAAACCGACGCAAUCGGAUUGUUAUGGCAGAACAAGAGCAGCACAUCUAAACCCUAAUAUAUUACCGAUCGUUAACCGAGCAAAGCAGUAAACGGAAAGAGACGGCAGAUAUAAAACGGUCAUAUUGCUAUACUAUUAUUGUUAUUAUUAUUAUUAUUCAUUAUUGAUCACUCAAUUAUCCCAGCAGAUGAAAGCAAACAUACAAGUGCUAAAAUAUCGUAAAGUGACUGCGAGAUUGUAGUAUGUAAUUCAUCUCUAGCGCUGAUGAUCCGCAGAGCUGUAGGUUCCACAGCGAUCGCAUCUGAAAGGGUCUAAGAAGAUUUUGGGCAAACGUUAAGGUUGCUGUUUUCUCCCAUUCAGAAGUGAUGGCUAGUCACACACAUACUGUGCUUCUAUGCUGGUAAUGAAGCACGAACAAUACCGCUGGCAAAACAUAGGAAAAACAAUGCCUUUAUUGGAAGUACUGGAGUUGAUGAAAAAAAUAAAUGCUGUUGCUGAAUGCGCAAUGUGGUUGCAAAACAAUUAAGUAAGAAAGUGACUGUGGGGGAAGAAUCGAUUAACUAGAAGCAAACCGAUGCUGUUUUCGGGAGAAUCUAAUAGACAAAUGAAAAGUCGAAAACACCCAAGGAAAUGGGAUGAACACAAUAUGAUUUGUGAAAGACGAUAUAAAAUAAAAUGCUGUAAAAGAAAUAUUAUGGAAAAAAUCGUGAAACAUGAUACUUGGAAAAUGUAUA